GGUUGGCUUCCCUGCACAGUGGUUUGUUGACAUAUCAGCGGCAGGAUGGCAAUCGCCCCUGUUCGCGCUAUUUUGAUUGUAAGUUUUAAUAUAUUCCGAGUAGUAUGCAGAAAGUACGGACUCUACCUCGUUAUCGGAAUGAUGAUUAUCCUAUUUCAAGGAUUUUCGGGUUAUUACGUGUUGCGCUUGGGGUCAGAUGAAAGACUUGUGGAAGACUUCGGGCGGUCCAAUGCUCUGGAGGAGGCGAGCAUGGUCGAGAGAGCACAAUCUGAUGUUGAGAGUCGUAUGUAUCAAGCAAAUGAUCGCGGAGAUGCUGAUAGCCACAAUAAAGGUCCUCCAGAUGCAGUGGAAAUAGAUAGUAAGGAACUAAGUAAAGACUGGCUGGGAAUUGAUACUCCAUGCGGAAUCAGAAGUAAAGAAAGUUUGUCUGCUAUCAAGAGAGCCACCACUGUCUACUGCAAGAAUCUUAUUGCAAACAUAUCAUGUCAGAUUCAGUCUGGCAGCUUUUACCCAUCAAGACUUCAGAGCUAUUGCCCUUCAAAUGUUGAUUUUUUUAAAUUACUUUAUGUAACUGAGAGUGAAAUUUUUUUUUGUACAUGUUUAAUUUAUUCCUUUAACAGGAAGGAAUGUUUCUGUGGCAAUGAAGAAAUACCACUUAAGAUGAAAGUGGCAGAUAGCAUGUGCAACAUGCCAUGCUCUGGUGAUCAAGAGCUGAAAUGUGGAGACUACCUUCAUAUUAACAUUUAUCAAACUGGAUUAGCAAAGUAUGUCCCACCUGCACUAAAGGGACCAUCUUUAGCAGGCAACAACACCCCAGUAAGAAUAGUGUUUGUCUUGACGGUCAAUGGCAGAGCCAUGAGACAGCUCAAACGGCUAAUUAAAGCUCUCUAUCACAAGGACCACUUCUUCUUCAUUCAUGUAGAUUCUCGACAAGACUACCUAUUCAGAGAGGUGCUGAAGCUCGAGAAGGAAUUCAGAAAUAUUCAAGUUUCUCGAUAUAGGCUUUCUACCAUAUGGGGAGGUGCGUCUCUUCUCAAAAUACUUCUACACUGUAUGCAGCAGAUUCUGCAAAUAAAGAGUUGGAACUGGAAUUUCAUCAUAAAUCUAAGUGAAUCUGAUUAUCCUAUCAAAAGGAAUGAUGAGCUGGUACGCUUCUUGACCAACAACAGAGAACGAAAUUUCCUCAAAUCUCAUGGCCAUGACACCAACAAGUUCCUUCAGAAACAAGGGCUCGACCGCACAUUUCUCGAGUGUGAGACACACAUGUGGAGAAUUGGUGAACGGCGAUUACCUCUUGGAAUUCGCGUAGAUGGAGGGAGUGACUGGCUGUGUCUCAAUCGUGAUUUUGUUGAAUAUGUAGUUAACAGUCAGGAUCAACUUGUGAAAGGCCUCAAGAAAGUUUAUUCAUAUACACUGUUACCUGCCGAGUCAUUCUUUCAUACUGUGUUGCGUAACUCGCGAUUCUGCCAGUCAUUCACGGACAACAAUCUCCAUGUAACUAACUGGAAAAGAAAACUGGGUUGCAAGUGUCAGUACAAACACAUUGUUGACUGGUGCGGAUGCUCACCCAAUGACUUCAUUCCAGGAGACUGGCCCAAGCUUGAGGCUUCUACAUCACGUAACCUGUUUUUUGCUCGCAAGUUUGAGCCAGUGAUCAGCCAAGCAAUUAUUAACCAGGUGGAUGCAUGGCUCUACACUCCCUACUACUCUUCCACUCCUGGGCUAGAGAGUUACUGGGAAAAUCGUUACCAUCACAAGGACAAGCUGGAUGGUGGAAAUGAUGCAGCCUUGACGCUCUACCAUGCAGGGGCUAGACUCGGUACCAGGGCGUUGGCUCAGCUCGUCAACGCUGAGAAGAGCAAGUGCAAUGUAUAUGCUACUUCGGUUCUUCAGGUUCAUUCAUAUCAUCUUGGCGAUACAUUCAAGGGACUUUUGGUUCAGUACAUAGGCAAUAUUGACAGCCUGAGAGCCUUUCCGAUCGAGACUUGGAUUUUUCCACGUAUCAAAUAUAGACUGCCCUUUGAGAAAACAAACCAUAGACUACUUGUAGGGUCAGAAUUUGAUGUGAAAGAGCAAGUUUUUCGCAACUUGGGUGGAGCUCUGGGCCCCAACAGUGAUAUAACUGUGGUCACAAGAUGGUCUGGAGGAGUAACAGGUGAUGCCAGAGUUGCUGGAGAGGACACCGUACAGCACCCACUUGUUGUACUUAGUGAUCCAACUUCAACUCUUGCUGCUGAAGGGAAGAUCACCUUGGAACCUGGAGAACAGGUAGUUUCCCACAACUUUGAUAUGCGUAAACCAUUGCUUCCCGGGUCAUGGAUGGUUAGAGUGAUGAUUGAUAAUGUUGUGACAGCCUCACACUCGUUCCUCAUACUGCCGCUGCAGGUCGUGCACGGCCGCCAAAUAUCAGUCAAAGAGGCCAGGGCACUACACAAAGGGCCAUCGGGAUCCUACACUGAUGCAGAUCUCAGUAAUACUUGCCUCCUCCUUAGUCUGGGACAUCAUGGCAACUCCUCAGCACAGGAAGUCUCUGCCUCUCACUCAACUUUAUAUGGUCCACAGCUGUCACAGUGGAUCGAUAACCUAGCACAGAGGUUCUACACUAUUCAAGAUUCUUGCUACAUUGCCAGUCAGGAUGUGCCAGUGUGUGUUCGUUCCUUACUUGAUCCCUGUGAAAAAACGACAUGGAGCUCUCAGUCUCCCGAUCCCAAGUCUCACCUUGGAGAAGUGGACCAACAGAGUGGGAGAAUUGCCGACUCCUACCGAGUCGGAAGUGGCGAAUUCAGAUAAGUAUGGCUGUGUAUAGAUUCACAUAAUUUAUAUGAAAAGAGCUAAAAAUUAAUAGGUAUGUCUAUAGGCAUGAUAUAUAUAAACAAAAAUGAUGGGCAUUAUUAAUAGGUAUUACAUCUUAACCAGUUACUGAUAUAUGAUGCUACUGUGUCAAGAACAAGGGCUUUACAUGUUAAGUUGGUGUAAUCAUUAAGUGUUGUUGAUAUGGCUUGAUGCGCUUUUCUGGAUGUAAAUUGUUUGCUAAGUGACUUAUAGUAUUCAAAUUCACUAGAAAUUAAUGUAGAAUACAGUGUACCUAAUGGAGCUUUGUAACUGCUAUUCCUGUGUUUCUAGUGUUUAAUAUUUGUUCUGUGCAAUUGAAUGUGAUAUUAAUACAGUACAUGAUCAGUGAUACAAGAUGAAAUUAAUUUAUAUAAAAAAAUGAAAGUAAAAUGCAUAUUGUCAUAAAAUAGCAUUAUCGAAUGUCAUCAGCAACGGGAACUUUAUUUGUUUUA